AAGGUCAAUUACUCCAGCUUUUACUCCCGCUCGUUCUUCCUUGUACUAGUAAAAGUAGUCUUCAACAAAGUUACAUACACUCCUUUGUAUCUAUAUUCGAAAACCCUAAAACCCCAAAUUAGAAACAUCUUAACCACUUUUUUUAAUGAACUUUAACACUAAAUCUCCGAAUUUAAUCGCUUCUCGAAUCUAAUUCAGCGUUGAUUUCGCUUCUUUGCUCUCAGAUUCUCUAUUUAUAUCGCUACACUACAAGCAUAUUUAUAUACGCAGAUGGAGAGUCAAGAGGUGUUGGAUACUGUGGUAGUUUCGAAUGGUAGUGUUGGGUUAGAGAGAGUGGAUAGUGGUGUAAAAGGAAGUGGAGAUGUGGAUGUUGACUUUCUGGAUGAUUUGGAUUCGUAUUGGGAAGAUGUUAAUGAACGGUUGUUCAUUUCGAGGAUGGUGAAUGAUUCUAUUAUUAAAGGGAUGGUGCACGGAGUUGAACAAUUGGCGGAUGAUAGAGUUGCUGCCAAAGAAUUGGAGCUGGCUAAGUUGAAAGGGUCUUUGAGGUUUUCAUCUGGGCGUAUGAAUGGAAUUGGUUUUUGUGAGCCAAAAGUUGAGGAUAAUGGCCAGUAUUUGAGCUUAGCGAAUGGCUACGUGGAGCAUGAUAAAAUGAGAGAAUCAUUUUUUAACUUAAAAUGUACCGCCAAGGAGCAAUUAAAUAAGCUUAAGAAAGAAAUUGAUGGCGUUCAAGGGUGUAAUUCAAUGAAGAAGAUCAGCUCUAGCUCAGAAUUGGUGGGAUUGAGUGGCAUUUUGGUAGGCACAGAGAAUGGAAGUUUGACUGGUGUAGAUAAAACAGUAGACGUUUUGAAUGUGACUUUGGAAACCAUUUUCAAGCACUUUGAUGAUAUGCUUAAUUUUUCCAAUAUAACUUUUAGUGAGUUGCAGCAGGAGCAAGGGUUUCAAAGGGACGUUGAAGCAGUGGUGAUGCGAAGUGUCAUUGGAUGCAGUAGAAGGGAAUGUGAAGAGAAACUGCAAGAGCGAGAAGCUGGAUUUUGUCAAAGUGGGGAAUGGCUUGAUAAGUUCAAUGAAAUUUCAAAUUUACGCGAAGAGCUAGAAACUGUUGUAAAGUUGCUUGGCAGCCAUGAAACUGAACAACUAGUUUCUCAUGGAUCUGGUGAUUUUGAACAUUCUUAUCGGAAGGGCUUAAAUAAUCUUAUGUCUUUUCAAAAUACACACAGGGAAGGAAAUGGUUUUGUGGAUGGACCUGAAUCUGAUCUGACUGAUCUCUUUGAUGCUUCAAGAUUUAAGCACAUGGGCAGAGAUGAACUGGAGAAACAUGUUGCCAUUAUGAUGAGGAAUUCUAAGAGGGAUCACGAGUCUAUUGUACAACGUAUGACUGAGGAGUAUAUCAAUUUGAAGGGUAAAUACUUAAACAAAAUGGGGCCAUCUUUACCAAUCAGGAAGGAUAAAGAAUUUGACAUAAUGAAGAAAAAGGUUGCGGAGAUUAUUUUGAAAAUAGAUGGUAUUUUUUCUAAUAAUGAAAAGAUACAUACUUUUUGUGAUAACACUUUUAGCUGUUUUAAAGAUGGGGUUGAUAAACUUCUGUUGGAAAAUCAGGAACUUAAAGACUUCCUCACUGAUAAGAAUGAUGAAGUGAACUCUUUGUCGUCUCAAAUUUCAGAUGCUGUUGAGGAAAACUUGCAACAUUCGAUAGCUGAAGGAAUCUUUUCUAGUUUGCUGGCAAAUUUAAGUUCCUUUAUGGAAGAUGCAAAUGUUGAAACUUUUGUUCGUGAGGAGGUAUAUAAAUGUGCUUUAAAGGAGAUGAGUUCUCACGUCAUAUCUGGCUCCGAAAAAUCAGAGCGUCAAUUUAUUAAAUAUAUUAAAAGGUGUCAGCCUGAGGAUGCAGAUAUUGAACUACAGAUUACACAACAGAUAGGCGAAGUGGCUUUAAGAGAAAUUGUAAAGGAUGCUACUGGACGACUUAAAGAAUUGUACCAUGAGUACUUGGAUGAAAAGAACAAUCGAGUUUCUCUUGAGAUGGAAGGCUCAGAGAGAGAAACGAAUCUCAGAUUAAAAGAAGUAGAAAUCGAAAAAUUAAAACAAGAAGCAGUGUUGAUGACGAAACUGAUGGAAGAGAAAGAUAGGUCAGCGAAGGAAGUGUCUGUGACAUUAAUGAAGAAAAAUGAGCAGUUUGACCUUUAUUCUCAAGAGCUUAAUGGCCUGAGAGAUUACACAAAAAAGCAGCAACAAACAAUUUCAGACACCUGUUUAGAAUUAGAUGAAGUGAAGUGUGAGUUGAAGAAGGCACUAGAACAGGUUGAGGUGAAGGAGAUGGAAAUAAACAGCUUGGAAAAAAAUCUUGAAUCACAAAAGCACAUUCUAGAGGAUAAUAAUAAACUGAAAAAAUCAUAUAUUGAGCUAAACGAAGCGAGGCAGAAUGAUUUGCAAUUGCUGAAGGCAAAAGAAGAAGUCCAGAAGAAUCAAAUUGAAGCCUUGUCUCAUUAUGCUGAUGUAAUGUCUAAGCAGUUUACUCAAUUGGAACACAGAGUAGCCAAGGAUAUCAAUUUAAACAAUUCAAGGUUGCUGUUCUCAAAAUAUCAGCUGGGCUGUCUUGUUGAGAAGGCUAGCAUACUUACAAAAGCAGAGUGUCAGUACAGACAGAAGCUUGAAAAGAGAUGUUCUGAUCUUAAAAUGGCUGAGGCUGAGGUUGAUCUUCUUGGGGAUGAAGUGGAAGAACUUUUAGGUCUUCUUGAAAAGAUAUAUAUAGCACUUGAUCAUUAUUCUCCAGUCUUGCAACAUUAUCCUGGUAUUAUUGAAAUCCUGAAGACGGUGAGAAGAGAGUUGAGUGGGGAAACUAGCAAAUCGGUGUGAUAUUUUUGCCCGGUGACACAGAGAGUGUUGUGAACUGUACCCUUGUGGGCUUGUGGCUAGCCGAACGCGAGUACCUUCUGAACAACCUUGCAAACAGCAAAUCAGAUUUGGCCAGAUGCUGAUGAGUAGGCAUUUUUGUUAUUAGCAGAUCUAGAAUUAAUACAAUUUGGAGGUGUAUUAUAUUGGUAUAGCUUAUAGGCAGAUCUUUCAUUUUUUUUAGUUUUCAGACAGCUAAGCAGCACAAGUCAUAUUUAGCGAUAUAGUUCUCCAUUUUAAUGCCUGUUUAUGUGUCUCUCUGUAGCCUUCAAUGUAAAGUUACUCCUCAGUGCAGUGAAAAAAAGAAACAUGGUUUUCUAUCUAGCCUCGUCCUGGUUAUUACAAUACCACAGUGAUGGGAACGUUCAUGUAUGAAUCCUAUUAUCCUCUAUUCCAAUUUCCACUGUCAUA